UGCUGGGUCGUGUGGGGGGUAACAACCGGGGAGUGACCCUGGAGGAGGGGGUCGAACCCUGGACAACUUACGAGGUCAAGUUAACGACAGACGCCAUGGCCAACACCUCGGCCAUCUUCUUCAAGAUCAGAGAGCUAGUGACGGACGCGGGGACAGCGCUGGUGAGGGCGGAGGAGAUCACGUUGGUGCUGUUAGUGCUGGUGCUGUGGGGAGUGGCCAUCCUUCUGUUCUUCCAUAGAUGGGGUAAGAUACGGAUGCUGGAGCCAUACCAACCAGAGUACAAGCCUCUUAAUCACUCCCCCGCCUGUCCCCUCGCGCCUACCACUCCGACACUGGCAGCGCCACGUCCACCCAACCUACGGCCACUGUUGCCCAGGAAAAGCUCUUCUCUGUGUUUCACUCCAUCCAUGUUGCGCACAGGGAAAUCUGAGGACCAAUCAACAUACAUCGUGGCAGGCAAGAACGAAUUAACUUACGUCGUGGUGGGCAAGGACCAAUCAACUUACGUCGUGGCGGGCAAGGACCAAUCAGCACACGACAUGGAGGGCAAGAACCAAUCAACACACGUCAUGGCGGACAAGACCCAAUCUACACACGUCAUGGUUCACGUGCCACCUGCCUGUCGGAUCAGUGUGCCGCAGAUAGAUCAGACACCAAUACACAGAUGCUCAAGACCCGCCCACCAGAGUCCAGCCACCCACGCCCGCCACUCCCGUCACCGCCUGCGACUCGCCUCAGAUUCCCUCGAUCACAGCACAUAUUGUCAGCCGCAGUCACAGGUCGACGUAUCGCGGAAAGUGCGAAGUGCGGAGAACUUGAGACACUACCGCAUUACUAGUCGUGGGUACAGUGAGGAAAUCGCAGGGAGCCGUGGUGCCUCCUGCUACCACAGCGAGAGUGUCAACAUCCAUCACCACCCCCUUACCCGCCGCCGCUCCUGCCAAAGUCAGAGCCUCGACCUGGAGAACUACCGCUCCGCCACGCCCCUCCUGCAGGACGGUGUCCCUCGGGGACGUAGCCUCGACAGUACCUCCGUCAGCAGUCUUCGUCGUUCCCCUACUGCGGGACCCUCUUGGGCGGGCGGGGAUCCCUUCUGCACUACCCCAGAGCUUCGGGUAUCUCCAACACCCCCGGAGACCACCAGCCAUCACUCCCAUCCCCACGCUAUUGCUCUCCAGCGCCAGGAGACCGUAGACGAUGCCCUCCUGCCCGUCCCAUACGCCACAUUGAUGGAAGAGGAGCUCGAGAAUGAGGUUUAAUAUGCCUUGUCAUCUACAGUGGCUCUGUAGAACCCUUAAGUGAUCUUCAGUAGCGUAAAGUGAUGCUAGAGACUGGUGAUUAUCCCUAAGUGGCCUGGUUGUGUUCUCUGGAUCUUGGAGGAGCCAGGUAAAGUGUGCCACUGCUGGGAGAAGGACAACUUGGGUCUUGAAAAUUGUAUUGAUUGCAAGUUACGACACCUUGUUUUUUAUAAACUCUGGAGAGUUUAGAAAUUCACAAGAGACCCUCAUAUGGUUUUAAGCUGGUUUUGAAUGUCACCAAAUAGUUUCAGAUGUCGACCCUGAACACUACAGUGAUUUGACAACAACUGAAGUUCAAAAUAUAAAUCACAAACGCACAAGUUGCUUAAGGGAUUAUUUUAGUGGUUCAAAGAUGGAACGAUACUUUUGUGAGCCUAAGUGAGGUGAAUAUGGUAUAAAAUAUUACUACUGUAAUACCAUAUCAACUGUGAACAUAUAACCCUUCGAGGACGUUGAUUUAGGCAAUAACUCUUGAAGAGAGAUGAGUUAAACCUCAAUAAAUUAAACGAUCAUCUUCAAGGGGUUAAUUUGGCUUCAAAUAGUCAGAUAGAUACAAAAGUUUGGUAGAUGUGUUCCUACCCAAUCCUGGUGAAAUUUUCUUUAUAUAAUUUAGUGAUCUCGUAGAAGGUUCAGAUUUAACAACACCUUUGUGGUAUUUCGUGACAAGAUAGUAGGAGUUUGUAGUUCUACAGACACAAUGUUGACUCCCCAAGGCCAAACACAUUCACAAAAAAGUAUGGCGCCUACUUUGAACCCCAGAAAUGACUCGUUAAGGUUUAAAUGUGACAAAUUUGGUGUUGUCUGAAGUAGAAACUGUAUAAAUCCUCGACCUUUCACUUCCUCAGGCUUCCUUAACUCCUGCAUUUCUCUCUAUCCUCUCCUUUACUCCCCUCAUUUUGAAUUCUUCCUCCCUCUAUCUUUACAACUUUCCCUUUCAAUCCUACCCUUCUUCGUCGUUCCUUCUUCCUCUGUCUGUCCCUCACCUCCCAACUUCUAUCUCUCAUCCUGCCUAGCCCAGUUCUUCAUUCUGUUCUUACACUAUACCUUCCUCCCUCUUUCUCGUAUGUCUUGUUCUUUCUGCUGAUUAUUCCUUUUCUUUUCCUUUCUUCAUCUUCAGUCAGUAUUUUGUCUUGGUCGUUCCUGCCUGCAAAAGAAUUACUAUUACAAGAAUACCAGAAAUAGGAUCACGUCAUCAUAAUUAUUUAUUUUUCACGCAACCGACACAAACUACACCUUUUAUAGCCCAACUUAAAUUAACCUAACCUAACCUGGCUUAACUAGAACUUACCUUACCAGACAGCACAAAAAUUAAACCUAACCUAACUCAAUCUUACGUAACCUUACCUUGCCUUACCUAACCAAUACAAUCGUAGAAUUCUUAGGUUAGGUGGGAGUAGUAUAGGUUGGGUUAAGCUAGGUUAGAUUGGCUAUGGCUAAGUUGGUGCCUCCUGAAAUGUUAUGGUAUUAGCUAGCUCUGUUUGUGGCACUAUUCUAGCACAGUGUGACUCGCCUUCCUCUGACAGCUUGCUAGUAAACUCUAUGUUCUAAGAAUCACAGUUUCCAAACAUAAAACUUGAUUUCGUGUCACAGAUGUAUCACAGUGUCACAAUCUAGGGCCCCUCGGUGCAAGGCCUCAACAAAAAUACAUGAAGAGUGACUUAUCUGCCAAAGGUGGGAAUAAUCCAAGCAGCUGGGGCAACAACAAUAAUUGUUUGACAAGGCAUGUCAUUAUGUCUCCAUUAAAUUUAUAUAAAGUUUCACUUUCUACACAAUUUAAACAUAUAGGCACAGAAAUACACCAUGAGCCACCAUAUUAUUAUACUGCUCUAUUUUGCUACACAAAAGUAUGUACAUGUAUUUAUGUUCGACCUGUCUCAAAACGUAAAAUAUUUGAACACAUCAACCUAGUUAAGUGGCAUAUAAAAAUCCAUUAGAAAGACAAUGUUUGAAAAUAAUAUGGUAUUAACAUAACUUGUCUAUCAGUUAAAGAUUAAAUGUGUCAUGUGGGAGAUAAAACCUUUAUAAAUACUGAAGAAAAGACAGAUAUUUCCUCAGAAGGGUUUAAGGCUGGUGGGGAUUAGAGCAUCUGAAAGUCUACUGUAUAUUUGUGUGUUGAAAAAAAUAUCCGAAAACGCCUUUAAAACAAACAACAUCACCUUGGAACUAGGAUGAUAAGGCAAGUUCGAAUUUUUUUUAUAUGGAAACAAAGAAAUGAGGUGAAAAAAAAAAAACGAUAAAAUGAGAUUGAUUAAAGUAUGCGAAGAGAGUGCAAUACGAGUGGGUGUUGUUUUGUUUUGUGAGGAGACAAGAAUAGACUUCAAAACAUGAAAAAAUGAAUAAAGAAUGAAUAAAUAUAUAUUUGUAUGUGUAUGUAAUCUGCAAAACCCACUUUCUAUACAACAAUAUGAAACACUCCCCCUCCUCCCCACAAAAAAAAAUAUAUUUUAUACAAACAAAAAAUAUAAAUCAACUUUGUAUCGAGAAGAGGGCAGGAGGAAAUAAUUUCUCCCCCUCUCAAGAAAAUCUAAAUCAUUGUAUCAAGAGUGUGAUUCAUUAUCCCUCAUCACAAGGUUGGUCUUUGUCACCUUCAGAGGGAGGGGAGGGGGGCACGUCCUCACUCAUUUAUUCAUCAAAAGACCUCGUGUUCCCAAUUUCAGCUGGUGGAUCAGGUGCAGCGUCUCUGUGAACCCCACACACAACACAAGAACUUCCAAUGAAUCCAUUUAUCCACUAUUGCACUGAGUUAGUGAGUGAGUGGGCUAUUUGUUGUUGUAGUGAGUCACAGUUUUCCAUGACUCACUCAUCCAAACAAAAACAUUGCUGACAUGUAUAAUGAUGGUGAGAUAGGGGUUAAACUGUAUAUCACUAGAGCAUAAGAAUUAUAUUUAAUACACUGCUUACUUGUAGUGCAGUAUUAUAAAAAAAUAAUGGAGGAAAAUUAAAAAAAAUAAUAUAUACUUUAUAUGCAUUACAGGUAUAUGAGUUUUAAGAAGUUGGUUGAUAAUCAAGGUCAAUUUGUUUACAAUGUCUGAAUGCUGAACAUUUUUUAUUGAAAUUCCCUUAAAGGAUGUGGUGGGUGAUACGGUUCCGGUCUUCGCUUUAACUGUGCUGAACUGUGCCGGGUGUGCUGAAGGCUGUGUGUGUAUGCAGGAGUAACAGCAGUCGGUUUUAGGAGUUCGAUCUGGUAAUCAAUAUUUAAUUUUCCACUGAUAGGGUCAUGGCCUUGUUCACACUAUUACUUUAACCUAAAAUAACAUAACUUAAACUAACCUUCCUUAAUCUAACUUAAACUAAUCUAACCUAAUGUAAAUCAAAUUCAAGGGUGGAUCCAAAGGGGUCCUGAGGGUCCGAACCCCCCUCUUUCAUCAGAAAAUUUAAAUACUUUUUCUUUAUUGCAGUAUUGUACUCAGGCAUUUUUGUAUAGUAAAAAGUAAAUACUGUUGACCUCAGUAUAUCUCCUAAUAUCAAGUGCACAUGGCUUCAAAAUGGCCUAAAAAUGACCCUGAUAUUGGUCAGCUGGGUGGACUCGCUUUGCUCGCCAAAUUCUCCCACUCAAAACUUUUUGGAUAUUCCCAAGAAACUAGCUUACUUUAACCUAAUGUUAACUGAACCUAAUUUAGCUUAACCUAAAAUAAAGUAACUUAGACUGACUUAUCUUAGAUUAACACAAACUAAUACAAUUAAAUAUAAAUUAAAUUUCACCUAAACUGAUUUAAUGUAACAAUUCUUUUUUCUAAUAAAUUUCAUACUGUAAUUUAAAAGCUGAUAAAGUGUGAAGUCAUUCA